AUGAGACAAUCAUUACUCAGACUCAAUCAUCAUGCUGCAAGAUAUGUGAGAAACCAACCAGUUGCUCCUCCAAACCCAAAGGCCAUACAUGUCUUUGUGAGUAAAGCUAUUGGAGGUUUCAUGUCUUUUUGGAUUUGUUAUAGAUUAAGAGAAGAUGGUCAAGUUAUAUUUGGAUUGAAACACCCAUGGGAGCAUUAA